AUGUGGCCACGCAGGGUAAUGCACAGACGAGUUCCUGCAUGGAGAGUCAAUGACACCAUGAGACCACGCAGGAAGAAGAAGAAGAAGCUAAAGAAGAAGAAGAAGUUGCAAGAAGAAGAAGAAAGUAAAGAAGAAGUUAAAGAAGAAGAAGAAGUAGUUGAAGAAGAAGAAGAAGAAGAAGAAGAAGAAGAAGAAGAAGUUAGGAAGAAGUUAAAGAAGCUAGAAGAAGAAGAAAGAAGGUUGUGGCUAGAAGAAGAAGCAGCUAGGUUAGGCCAGGUUAGGUUAGGCCAGCUGUUAAAGGCCAGAAAAGUUAGGCAAGAAGAAGAAGAAGAAGAAGAAGAAGAGUUAGAAGAAGAAGAAGAAGAAGUUAAAGAAGAAGAAGAAGAAGAAAGAGAAGAAGAAGAAGAAGAAGAAGAAGAAGAAAAGAAGAAGGAAGAAGAAGAAGAAGAAGAAGAAGAAGAAGAAGAAGUUAAAGAAGAAGAAGAAAAGUUAGAAGAAGAAGAAGAAAGAAGAAGAAAAGAAGAAGAAGUUAAAGAAGAAGAAGAAGAAGUUAGGCAGGUUGUGUUAGGCCUGUGCUAG